AUGGACAUUCGCACGCUGUUUGGCAUCGAUAACCGCAGUCCGCUUUCUGAUUGCUUCCCUCCCGACGACAGCGAAUCCCCAGUUGGCUCACCUAAAAUUGCGGGUGGACAUGACGCCCCUGAAGGAAGAUUUCCGUACAUGGUGAGCCUGAGGACUCAUGAGGAUGAGCACACUUGCGGCGGGAUCCUUAUACACGAGAGAUUUGUCUUGACAGCAGCACAUUGCGUAGACGAGAACUCGGGAGUUGCUGGAAGGAACCGCUUAGCCCACAUUGGAGCAUACGGAAUCGAUGACAAUGAAGAUCAAGGCGUCCAAACAGUGAGGAUCGACAAGACCACAAUUCACCCAAACUACACUGCAGGGCACCUGAAAGGUGGCUACGACGUCGCUCUCCUGCAUUUGAAACACCCGGCACAUGGAAUUGCGAUACCUGGUCUGGCGGACCCUCACCUCAUCCUGCACUGCCAGAUGACAUUAUAUACCCUGGGAUGGGGUUACCUUGAUUCAUGGCACUCAUCUUUACCUGACAAGCUGCAGAUGAGCACUCGUGGGCAGAUCAUUUGGGGCCGACCACCUUGCGCCGUUGAUGGCCACCUUCUGCUUUGCUUGAAGGCCCCAGAAUCUUACCUUGAUAACACAUGCCAAGGUGACAGCGGUGGGCCAGCUUUGAUUCCAGACAUGCCGGGAGGCGAUUUCCAGAGUGGGAGUCCAAAGAAAGAUCUCAUUGUGGCGGUGACAUCGUACGGCCCAAAAUGCAGCCGCCCUGAGAAAAUUGGAUAUUAUACAAGGCUGAGUGCGAUGAGGAACUGGAUAGACGAAGUUAUAGAGCCAAGACGUCAAUAA